UUAAACAGCGUCGUUUUAUUUCAGCUUCAUCUUUAAAUCUCUUCUUUCUUUCGACGGUGCGUGACAGGUCGACUCAUUCUCCUCCGAUUCACGGUGGUUCCGGCGAAAACAGAGUCAACAUUCAAUAAGCCGAUCUGUUACAGGAUCAAAUAGAAGGUUUGAUCAAAGGUCCGAGGAAUAUCUUGGAGUCAGGUCAAUGGCGUCUUCGUCGGAUUCAUGGAUGAGAGAAUACAACGAUGCUUUAAAACUCUCUGAGGAGAUUAAUGGAAUGAUAUCAGAAAGAAGUUCUUCUGCUGUCACAGGGCCUGAUGCUCAGCGUCGUGCUUCAGCUAUACGAAGGAAGAUCACCAUUUUCGGUACCCGAUUAGACAGUUUGCAGUCUCUUCUUGCUAAAAUUCAUGGAAAACCUAUUUCAGAGAAAGAGAUGAAUCGGCGCAAGGAUAUGGUAGGGAAUUUGAGAUCAAAAGCAAACCAGAUGGCGAAUGCUUUGAACAUGUCAAACUUUGCCAAUAGAGACAGCUUGCUCGGGCCAGAAAUAAAGCCGGAUGAUUCUAUGAGCAGAGUUACUGGCAUGGAUAAUCAAGGAAUUGUUGGAUAUCAACGACAAGUUAUGAGAGAACAAGACGAAGGACUUGAGCAAUUGGAGGGAACAGUCAUGAGCACAAAACACAUUGCUCUGGCUGUUAGUGAAGAGCUUGACUUGCAGACAAGGCUUAUUGAUGACUUAGAUUACCAUGUGGAUGUUACUGACUCUCGCUUACGGAGAGUGCAGAAGAGCCUUGCUGUCAUGAACAAGAAUAUGAGAAGUGGUUGCUCUUGCAUGUCAAUGCUCUUGUCAGUGCUGGGGAUCGUCGGUCUUGUUGUUGUAAUAUGGAUGUUGGUUAAGUAUCUGUAAUACCAACAUCAGAAAACUUAUAAGUUUCUCUGUAGGUCACUGUCACUGGCCUCUACUCUCUAUGUGAAUGGUUGUAAUGUAUUUUCCUCAUUCCACAUUUGUGGUUGAGCUUUUCAUUUCUCUUCUGUUACAAGAACCCUUAAGAAAUAAUAAUAUGUAACGUGUGCAGUUUUCACA